GUAGGAGACACAUGACCCUUUUGUGACAACAAUCAAAAAAUUUUUGACGUUGUCUCUCCUGCUUUUGGGUGAAAUAAUUAUAUUUAUCACACCUACAGUCACUGUUACAUUGACAGUCAAAUAGAUAAGAAGGCGUUAACUGAGGUUAUAAAAGCAGUCUGGGUCAACAGAGUUGUUGCAUAUGGAAGUAGAGGAGAUGGAAGAUGAAGGACCUUCGAUCCAGAGUGAACCUCCACACAGUGAAGAUCUCCAGUUGGAACAGCGGGAAUCACUGCAUCUGGAGAGCUUAGCCCCUGCAGAGAACAUGUUUGUGGAUAAGCAAGCUGUGGACAAACUCAGAGAGGGAUUACUCUCUCACUACCUACCAGAUCUACAGAACUCUAAACGAGCCCUCAAAGAACUCACACACAAUCAGCUCAUAUUGUUAGACACACUGGACCAAGAAGUCACCAAGUUCAGGGAAUGUAAUGGCUUACUGGACCUCAGUUCACUGUUCACAGAGGCGAAGGUUUACCACAAUAAACUGGUAAACAUUAGGAAAGAGAUGAUAAUGCUUCACGAAAAAACAACAAAACUGAAGAAAAAAGCUUUGAAGCUGCAGCAACAGAAGCAGAAGGAGGCGCUGGAGAAGGAGCAGCAACGUGAGAAGGAGCUUGAGAGAGAAAGGCAGCUUGUUGCCAAACCUGCGAAAAGAACGUAGGAUCCCCAAGUAUGUCUGGCUGCUAUAUUAAUUGACCAUACAGGUGCUUUAGCCAAUUUAUCUCAUAUCAACUAUACGUUAAAAUGGCUGCUGACCAUUUUCCAGUGCAGAUAUUUUAGAUUUUUUUAACAAAGAUUAUUUCUUGCCUAUUUUAGGCCGUUAUUAUUAUUAUUAUUAUUGUUAUUAUUAUUAUUAAAUACAGGAGGGAACCAAAGUGAGGGUGGAGGAAGGAGAUAUGAGAUACAGCUAAGAUUUCCAACCAGAUCCAGGCAGCAAUUCAUUUUGGUAUUGUAUUAAAAUAUACUUAAAACGUGCAUUAUACACGUAAUUUAUCACGCUGUAUAUAAUAUGUUGUAGACAUGAUUUUUACAUUGCUUUAUUGCCUAUCUCAAGCAGGGUUUUUGUCCCAGUGGGUUUUUGAAAGUACAGACCAUUUUAAUUGGAAUUGUGGUGUUAGAAAUCAACUUGAAUCCGUCUGUUUACCACCUACUGAAAUACCUUUUAUUUUUUCUUCUGGGAGACAAUUUAUGCUUAGAAAU